AUGGCUUCCACCCCUGAGCAGCCUGCGUACACAAUCAAGUCCAUAGAGGGAAAGGGCAAGAGCUUGGUUGCCCUCCGCAAGAUCCCUCAGUUCACCCCGAUCUUCAAGGAUACGCCCAUCAUCCGGGGUGGUCGCCAAGAACUAGCAAAAGAGCCCAGCGUUCUUCAUGGUGAAAUAGCGGAGGUUCUCGACCAGCUAGGUGAGGCCAAGAAGAAGGCAUUCACAAGCCUCCACAGCACUGAGCCGCUCGACUCUCCCACCCGAAACGUCAACAUCGUCAAGCUCAACUCGCUGCCGCUGGGGUUCGCCCCCGACUGCUCCGAAGUCUACUCCGUGAACGAUAUCGAGGCGGGGCAGGAGAUUACAAUUAGCUACCUGCGAAGCUACCUCCCCUGCAAGAAGCGAAGAAAGAAGCUGCGCCAGGCCUUUGCUUUUGAGUGCAGCUGCGCCACGUGCUCCGCGCCCGAUGAUCAAAAGGCGGCCACGGACAGGGGCUUCAAGUUCAUCGAGUCUUGCCUAGAGGCCAACCGGAGACGCGAGAUUCCAACGACCGACGCUGCCCGAGAAUUGCUCAUAAGAGUGCUCAACGCGUACGAAGUCUGCGUCGAGCUGGGACUCCAGGGACGUCUAAUGUACACCCUCCGCUUGGACGUCGCGGAUGCCUUCCUGUCCCACUCGGACCUCGCCAGGGCUCGCGUGGCCGCCAAGCGCGCGCACCAAUACGCUACGUGGUGCGAGGGCCCUGACAGGCUCACCCGCGCGGCUCUCCGCCACUGGAUUUGGCGAUGGAUCCAAUACGAGCUUCCAUGCCAGGAAUGGAGCCGCGCCUUGAUUGCAGACUUUUCGGACACCGCGUAUUUCCCCACCCGUGAAGGGCUGCCUCGCGUCGGCCAGAGCCCCAGCGGCUUCUACGCCAAGAAUGGCCUGCUAGCCACCCCGCGCAAGCAUUGGUGCCUCCUCGCCGAGAUCACCGCCAUCGAGCCUCUAGACAAGCAUAUAAGCCUCCGCGUUGUCGACCGCCUCGGUAACCCCUUGAUCAUCGAUAUGCCCCCGAGCACCCUUUCGGAGGGGCUUUCGACUGUGGCGCGCGGACAGGCGGUCAUCGUCAUGUACCCAGAGAUCUCUGACGACAACGUUGUGAUGUUGAUCCAACCCUAUCCUAUAAAGCGCACCCAGAUGAGCCUUGCCGACCUCCUAAAGCUCAACGAAACCGUUCGGAAAUACUACACCCCCGCGAGGCGACCAUGGUCUGCCAGGGGUGCGACAAGCGAUGCGAACCCGCAGGCUAAUCCCAUCUUUGUACAAACACAGGAGUGCCAGGUUGUUGGCUGGAACAAGGGUCACGAUAAAGACUGCGGGUUCCUGCUCGACGAUGAUAUAAAGAGGCUGCAUCUUCUCGAAUGGCCCGUUUUCGAGUCCAAGGUCGGAUUCCCGCUCGAGCAUUUCCUUGGAGAUCCUCAGAUUGGAUCUUGA